CCGCCACACCAUGGGUGGGGAGCAGGAGGUCACCAUCAGGGUCAUCACAGACAUGCCUUCACGUUACCUUGCUUCACAGGAGCUGAAGGUGAGGACACAUGUACGUGAACCUUCAGGAACAAUGGAAGAGAUCCUAGAUGUCCAGGCACUUCUCAGGUCUGCAGAGGAUCCCAGGUGUCCAGGCAUUUCUCAGCUCUGCAGAGGAUCCCAGGUGUCCAGGUGCUUCUCAGCUCUGCAGAGGAUCCCAGGUGUCCCGGCGCUUCUCAGCUCUGCAGAGGAUCCCAGGUGUCCCGGCGCUUCUCAGCUCUGCAGAGGAUCCCAGGUGUCCCGGCGCUUCUCAGCUCUGCACAGGAUCCCAGGUGUCCAGGCGCUUCUCGGCUCUGCACAGGAUCCCAGGUGUCCAGGCGCUUCUCGGCUCUGCACAGGAUCCCAGGUGUCCAGGCGCUUCUCGGCUCUGCACAGGAUCCCAGGUGUCCAGGCGCUUCUCGGCUCUGCAGAGGAUCCCAGGUGUCCCGGCGCUUCUCGGCUCUGCAGAGGAUCCCAGGUGUCCCGGCGCUUCUCGGCUCUGCAGAGGAUCCCAGGUGUCCCGGCGCUUCUCGGCUCUGCAGAGGAUCCCAGGUGUCCCGGCACUUCUCGGCUCUGCAGAGGAUCCCAGGUGUCCUGGCGCUUCUCGGCUCUGCAGAGGAUCCUAGGUGUCCAGGCGCUUCUCAGCUCUGCAGAGGAUCCCAGGUGUCCCGGCACUUUUCAGCUCUGCAGAGGAUCCCAGAUGUCCCGACACUUCUCAGCUCUGCAGAAGUUACCAGAUGUCCUGGCACUUCUCAGCUCUGUACAGGAUCCCAGGUGUCCAGGCGCUUCUCAGCCCUGCACAGGAUCCCAGGUGUCCCGGCGCUUCUCAGCUCUGCAGAAGUUACCAGAUGUCCUGGCACUUCUCAGCUCUGCACAGGAUCCCAGGUGUCCAGGCGCUUCUCAGCUCUGCAGAGGAUCCCAGGUGUCCAGGCACUUCUCAGCUCUGCACAGGAUCCCAGGUGUCCAGGCGCUUCUCAGCCCUGCACAGGAUCCCAGGUGUCCCGGCACUUCUCAGCUCUGCAGAGGAUCCCAGAUGUCCCGGCAUUUCUGAGCUCUACAGAAGAUUCGUGCCCAGAAAACCAUCUUUGUACUUUAUUCACCCAGAGUUUCCAACUCCGUUUAUGGAUUGUGGGAAAGUUGUUACUUCCUUGAAGAAACACUUGCCAGAUAUUUUAAAAAUUUUAAUGAAAUUCACAUAGAGUAAGAGCAAGGAUCUUAAGUGUGCAUACAAGUCAGACGGUUAUGACAAACAUGCACAUCCGUGUAACCCACACACCUAUCAAGAGGUGGGACACUUCCACCACCCCAGAAAGCUCCCUUGUACCUCCUUUCCCCUGAGAAUACCACAGUCUCGUUUCUAUCACUGUGGACUAGUUCUGCCUGUUGGAGAACUCUGUACAAGUGGAAGCCACAGUAUGCAUGCUUUUGUAUCUGAUUUCUUUUACUAACCAUAUUUUUUUUUGACAUUAAUCCCCGUUCUUGCAGGUAUCAGUCAUUUGUUUUCUUCUAGUGCUGAGGAGUGCUCCGUUACAGCAGUGUUUAUCCAUCACCUGCCGAUGGGCAUCUGGGUUGUUCCCAUUCUUGGCUACUAAUAGAGAAAUGUUGAGCAAUGUAUUCAUUUCUCUUGGAGAAACACCUAGACAUGGAAUUGCUGGGGCAUAGGGCAGGUAUCAGUUAAAUUAAUAAAAUAAGGCCCAACAGUUUUCCAAAGAGAAUGUACUGUGUUUACACUCCUGAGAACAAUGUAUACGUGUCCUCAGCAUGAUUUGGAAUUGCAGACAUUAAUUUUAACCCUUCUAGUGGGUGUGCAGUUUAAUUUGCAUUCUCUGAUAAUGACGAAACCUUUUUCAUGGACUAAUUGACCUUAUAUAUUAUUUCUUUGUUAAGUGGCAUGUCCGUUCAACUAUUUUGCCUACUUUUAUUAGAUUUUCUUUUUAUUUUUGGGUGAUAGGGGUUCUUAAUAUCUCCCCCAUACUAACCCUCUGUGAGAUAUAUAGAUUAUGAAUAUUUUCUCCCAGUCUGUGGUUUGUCUACUCAUUUUCCUAAUGGUGUCUUUUUAUGAGCAAAAGUUCUUAAUUUUGAUGAAGUCCAAUUUA